CAGCGUAUCCGUGUGCUUGGCCAACAACAUUUCAUCUUUGAGCUCACAAACCGUCUAUCCGGUGUCAACUUCUCAACAUUCACGAGUUGUGUACAACUUCGGUUCCCACCACGUGAACAAGAACAGGGACCAAGGGCCGGAACAAUAUUCUUCCAAUUUCCUAUACAUCCAUAAAAGUCAACAAUCUUGAACCAUCAGCAGUCAGGGCCGCCACAUACAGUCUCUUCUUCUCUCGCCCUCAGCAGCAUGUCUUCUGUGGAGCGCAAUCAAACGCCAGACGGCGACGACCUCGCUGAGGCGCAGUCUACAGACCUUCAGCCUCAAAUGACGGUUCAUCCCGUCAAUGGUUAUUCUAGCAUGCCCAUGCAUAUGUAUCCUUUCCCACCUGGCCUAGUUGCCACACAACCUCUUCGCUCCAAGCGCAGGCAAGUCAAGAACGCUUGCACAAACUGCCAGAAGGCAUGCAAGAAGUGUGACGACGCCCGUCCUUGUCUCCGUUGCGUCAAAUAUGGCAUUGCUGAAGAGUGUGUCGAUUCCCAACGCAAAGAGAGGAAAAAAGGCGUGAAAAGGGGACCCUACAAGAAGCGCGAUGGCAAAGGCACCAAUGCCGAUAUUGGCGAUGUGCCCGAGCAACCCAGCAUUCCCGUCACGACGGAAGUGCCAACCCAGUCGGCCUCGCCGCCUUUACAGGCAGCGUAUAUGGCGCCCAUUGGGUAUUCCAUGUUCCCGGGCCAGUUUCCGGGGUCACCGACUCCCAAGCCUGGUGAGGCCUCCCCGGCGUACUAUCCCCAGUUCUAUGCAAUUACGCCGAUGCCUCAUCCUGGACAAAACGGGCAUCCAGGUCAAGACCCAGAACAAGGCUAUCCGUCUAUGGCCCAGUACAUUCCGGCCGCAUUCCUUCCGUAUGCGCCACAGUCGUAUGGGUACAUGUAUCCGCACCGCCCUGACGGUCAGAUGCAGAUGAUGAACCCCCAUUACGCUCCGUAUCCUCAGAUGUACGGCAAGCCGCCUUCGGCUGGAGGGUCAAGCGACUCGGGGCAUCUCAAUGGGCGGAAUCACGGUGACGACUAAAUGAGAUGUAUAGCAUCUCGAAGGAUUCCUUUUACCCCUUUAACUUCUUGAUUUCGUGCGACGUGCCCCUGUGAUGUUGUUUUGUACAUUAAACGGAGGGCUUAUGUUCAACCUACAUGCAUCCCAUUUUGUCUUGCUUGCGUUGUCCUCUGUACUGUUAUAUAACACUGUCCAUACUCGUAGUUCGUUGUGCUUAGGUCUAUUUGCUUGAUGCAUUGUUGCCUUUGCUAUCUUUGACUGAUCUCCAUUUGCUCCAACAUGAGUCGCUUUACAUAGUGUAUUCUUUUGAGUUCAAUUAAAUUCAUGCCUUUGUCAAAUUC